AUGAAGAGGAGACUUGAAGCACGCAAGCAAGGUAGUGUGAUGAACUCUUCUGCACAUCAUGAGGAACGCAGAGCUGUCUAUACGAACAAGGCAAGAUCAAGGAUCACACUUGGCAAUAGGCAGCAUGAUCACUCCGAUCCUUGCCACAAAGUCAAGCUCCCGCCCCUUCUCAAGUUCAUGGACAUCGCCUUACCUGAACAAGACUGGUUCCUGCGUGGAAUGCACAAUGGAAGCACAUCUAUCGCUUUGAGCAUCCCACAUUUGGCAUCUCGAAGGUCCUUCUACCGAACACCGAUCUCACAAACACCAACAGCCGAGGAUGGAAUCCUGUUUCUCCCACGGCUGAUCAGUUGUUCAUGGAUGGAGGCGAUGCCGGUCGAUGAGAACAAGGGCGAAGAAGGAGAGCCUUCCUCAAGGAAAACAAGCGAGCUUGGGAGUUUGACUUCAUCCCCUACAACGCGAAGUGGAAGCGUCCGGCGAUCAUCAAGGCGCACGAGCACAUUGGCAUGCUUCAAAAGUGGUGCAAGAAACAAGAUGAGGUGA